AAAGGGGAAUUGGGAAUUAUAUGUCAUUUUUUUUUUUUAUUACUUAGAAAUUACAAGCCUUUUAUUGACCCCUGUUGAUCUUCGAUUAAUUCGAUUUUAAUUAAUUUAUGCUAGACUCUUCUUCAAUGUACGGAGAGAACCUAAGCCAGUAGUGCAUGGUGUCUCGCCAAAAUUUUCUUUAAUGAUGGACAGAGAGAAUGGGUGGAUGAGAAGCAUCGCUGCAGAUAUCGAUUGAGUUCCAUCAGUGAGAUCAAUUAUGCUUAUAUAUACCUGCGAUGGCGAGGUUAGUCGCCGUUACUUCUGGCCUGAAAAUGGUGACUUCCACCCUCCCUGUCUCAUUCUCAGUUCGCCGGCGGGAGCCGGAGCUCAUCGAGCCGGCGAAAUCGACCCCGCGGGAGCUGAAGCCGCUGUCGGAUAUAGACGACCAAGAAGGCCUGAGGGAACACAUUCCCGGCAUCAUUAUAUACAGAAACGUUAAAACCCCUUCAUCGGAAGGAAUAAUAUUGAGAGAUCCGGCGAGAGUGGUGAGGGAAGCUCUGGCGGCGGCACUUGUGUUUUACUACCCAAUCGCCGGCAGGGUCGUGGAAGGGCCUGACCGGAAGCUGAUGGUCGAUUGCACCAGCGAAGGGGUGCUGUUCAUCGAGGCCGACGCCGACGUCGCGCUCGACGACCUCGGCGACGCCAUCAUGCCGCCGUGUCCCAACUUGGAGGAGCUUCUGUACAACGUGCCCCGCUCCGAUGGGAUCAUCGGUUGCCCUCUGCUCUUGGUUCAGGUUACACGUUUAAAAUGUGGAGGAUUCAUCUUUGGAUUCCGCUUCAACCACACAAUAUGUGAUGGACUAGGAUUCAGCCAAUUCCUCAAUGCAAUUGGGGAAAUCGCACGUGGAGCACGCGCACCAUCUCUUCUACCUGUUUGGCAUCGAGAAAUCCUUAAUGCGCGAAAUCCCCCACGCAUCACAUGCACUCAUUAUGAGUACGAGGAGGUCCAUGGCCAAAAAAAUGUGCUAAUAGACUGGGCGAGUAAUGUCAGUAUGGUCCACGCAUCCUUCUUCUUCGGUCCAAAUGAAAUAAGGGCCCUUAAAAAGUCACUCCCACCACGCCUUAGCUCUCACACUUCCACAUAUGAGGUGUUGGCCGCCUGUCUGUGGCGGUGUCGUACAAUUGCACUUGAAUUACACCCGAGUGAGAAAGUUCGCUUCUCGAGCAUGGUGUCCGUGUGCGGCAAGGGCCUCAUAGAUGUUCCUACCGGAUACUAUGGCAACGCAUUUGUGUACCCAGCAGUGGUUUCCACGACACAAUUGUUGUGUGAGAAUCCUUUGGAAUUUGCUGUGGAGCUGGUGAAGAAGGUUAAGACCCAGGUAAGCGAAGAGUAUGUAAGGUCUGUGGUAGACCUAAUGGUUAUGAAGGGGAGACCAAUGUACACAAUGGAGUCGAUGUACAUGAUAUCGGAUACGAGAUUCUUAGGGCUUGAGGAGGUGGACUUGGGAUGGGGGAAGCCCAUUUACAGUGGGCCUGCAAAGGCUGUCAGCACGACGAGCUUCUGUGUUGGGUUCAAGAAUAGCAAAGGGGAGAAGGGGAUUGUUGUGUCCAUAUGCUUGCCAUUAGAAGUCAUGAAUAGGUUCCAAGAGGAGUUAAAGAAAAUGACUCAAGAGUCAUCCCAUGAUGUUCCACAAUUCUGUUGGAAGAAAGCUAGCAGUAGAUUGUAAGUUUUUCUGCCCUCUUCAUUGAUUCACGAGUGAUUAUCUUUUAGGUGGGUUUAUUUAGUCCUUGUAUUUUGUAUUUAAGGAUGAUAUAUUUGUUUUCUGCAUUUAUUUUCUUCUUAUUUUUCUUUUUCUUUUUAAGUAAUAUUGGGCACAAGUGAAGUACCCAUCUAACCAGCGGGAAGACAAUUGUGCAUGGAUCCACGUAAA